CCUGGACCCCGAGGCCCGGGCGAGGGGGGAGCGGUGAUGACGGCGGUCGGACCGGGGCCGGGCUGGGAGUGGCCUUUCUUGGCCCCAUUACCUCCGGCGGAUCCGGGGGGUCAGUGGAAGGCAGGCAGACAGGCAGGCCGGAGGAACGUCCAAGCGCUCAGGACUGUUCUGCCCAAACCCAGGGCUGCGGAGAUGGAGGCCCGAGGAGGUGUUGGCGCCGGCUCCGCUCCAGCCCCGGAAGCCUCCGGAGACCCAGAGAGGCCCUUCAGGGUUGCCAGUGCUCAGGAGCCCGCGGGAGCCCCCGGCAGCCCAGAGGCUUGUGGGCCCCCCCGGGCUGAUGAGGAGCUUCCGGGGGCCCUGGCAGAGCCCGAGAAAGAGGCCCCCACUCACCUAGGUGUGCAUGAGCUUUCAGGCCAGACCUCCUUGGAGAAAAAGGAUAAUAAAGGAAGCAAGGACGCAGGAAGGGCAGGUAAAAUGCCUGGCACUGGGGACGGCAGCCAAAGAGGGGAACUGGCGGCUCCUGGACCUCGAGAUGAGGAGGAUGUGACGGCUGAGGGUUGGAGAAGCAGGCGAAAGCAUGUGUUCGUGCUGAGUGAGGCUGGGAAGCCCAUCUAUUCCCGCUAUGGCAAUGAGGAGGCCCUGUCUGCCACCAUGGGUGUGAUGAUGGCCCUAGUCUCAUUCAUCCAAAGUGGGGACAAUGCCAUCCGUUCUAUCUACUCAGAUGAUCGAACAUUGGUCUUCUUGCAGCAAGGUCCGCUGGUGCUGGUCGCGGUGUCCAGGACCCCCCAGUCGGCAGCACAGCUCCGUUGCGAACUCCUAGGAGUGCAUGCCCAGAUUGUGAGCGUGCUCACUCGGGCUGGCGUGGCUCGAGUGUUUGAGCGCCAGAGGAGCUAUGACUUGCGCAGGCUCCUGGCUGGCUCCGAACGGAUCCUCGACAGCCUGCUAGAUGGGGCCGAACGGGAGCCGGGCUUCCUGCUGGGCGCCGUGCGUUGCCUGCCCCUGCCGGCGCCAUUCCGGGACAGCCUGGGUGCCCUCCUGCAGCGGGCCACGGCACCCAGCCUAGCCUUCUCCAUCUUGGCUGCUGGCCGCCACCUGGUCACAGCGGCACAAGAAAGGGCUGUCCUGGAAGACUGCCGCCUUGACCCGGCGGAUCUGCACCUGCUCCUGAACUUGGUGGGAGCAUCUUCGGCCUUCCGGGCCGGGGAGGUCUGGGCUCCCGUCUGCCUGCCUCGCUUCAACCCCGAUGGCUUUUUUUACGCUUAUGUCAGUUACCUAGGUGACAACACUGACUACGCCAUCUGCCUCGUGCUCCUCUCAACUGACCGGGAGGCCUUCCAUGCCCUGGCGGGCUGCAAGCGGAUAGUUGAAGAGGGUCUGCAGGCCCUGGGUGCCUCCCGGGUUCUUGCCGGCGGGGGGGUGGGGCUGCCCUCCUAUGGGGUCAGUGCAGUCGGCACCCCUGACCUACGGCACUUCCUCUACAAGCCUUUUGACGUCCCUGACAACUAUCGACAGUUGCCGCAGUUCACCAGCCCAGAGAUGGAGGGCCCGUACGCCAGCGAGUGUGAACGCCAGAGGCUCUUCGACCUCUACUAUCACCUGCACGGGCGUCUGCAUUCCCCGUCGAGGCCCCUUCGGCUCAUCUAUCACGUGGCUGAGAAGGAGACCCUGCUUGCUUGGGUGACACCAAAAUUUGAACUUUAUGCCUGCUUUAACCCACUGGUGACAAAAUCAGGGGCCAUCCAUGCUGUUACCAAGCUUCUGCGUUGGGUGAAGAGGGAGGAGGACCGACUCUUCAUCCGAUACCCUCCAAAGUACUCAACUGCCCCUGGCCCAGCCCGCCACGGGCCCAACAGGACUGAUUCUGCCCUGGAGAACGGCCUUUGAGAUUCUGCUAAAGUCCAUGCCCCUCUUUGCACCUUAGUCUGCUGGCCUGGGGAAUGAGAAGGCCGUGGCUCUAUUGAUCCCUUCUCUGGCUUGUCUUGGUCGGGACGGGGACAGGGAUGGGAGUGGGGCAGCUACCACGUCCCUGAGAAGGGCCCUAUUCCCUGAGCUGGGUUUAGGAGAGGGAGGCUUAUCCCUUACUGUUCCUCCCUAAAGGCCAAGCAGGAAGCUGUGAGGGCCUGUCUCUAUGUCCACUAGAGUCAGUGGGGGGGUGUUUUUUUCCAUGUGUCGGUGACUUUAAGUGUAUGUUGGGGAGGUGGGGAGGCAGAUCUGUGUGGAAGGAUCAAGCCUUUGUGGGUUGCUCUGAGGUUGCGGCUCUAGGAGUAGCUAGGAGAGUCCGGCUAUGCUGGGCUUUCCUGGGGAAGGGCGGGGGGGCGCUCAUCCAUUGGCGCCUCUUCCUUUUGACCGUCCCAAGCUGCAGUUUGUGUGUGAGUCACUGAGAGGCGUCAUCUGUCCCUUUCUCCUUGGGCUCAGCCAGAAAUAGCUUCUGAGUUCUGAACAGUUCCUUCUGGCCCCUCACUGGGCCCUGCCCAACCUGUCGUCCCCCUUUUUUCACCCCCCCCUCCACCUGCCUGGCCUUUGACAGGGGGCACUCUUUCGCUACCUUAAGGCUCUGACUUAAAUGAGAGCAGAAAUAAAAGAUUUUAAAAAAAA